AGCAUCUAAUUUGAUUUUCUAUUUGUAUAGAAAUGCAUGAUGUACCUUCAAAUGAAGCUCUAACAGUUGACAAUUCAUUACCAGCUGAUCAACCAAUACCAAAUGCUGAUUUGAUUGGUAUGGCAAUUAAUAACGCAUCCGGAGCAACUGAUGAAACCAUGCUUGAUGCUUCAAGUCAUUCCGACAACCAGCUGGACUUGUCUGUUAUCAACGCAGCGGAUGAAAACUCAUUGGACAUGAGUUAUGCUAUAACUCCAAGCAUCGAACAAAAUACUCUAGCAGAAUUGCCAGUAGCAGAGUUAAUUGAGGUGUACGAUGAACUGGGCAAUCGUGUAACAGCCACAGUUAUAGCAAUAAAUGUUGAUGAUGUGACUAUGAGCAGCGACAGCUCCCCAAGUAGCGUAGAUAUCAGAGUUGACAGUCAACUUGUACCGGAAGAAAAAAAUAAAGAUGAUUUGGAUAAGACUGACAGUGAAGAGUUUAAUAGUGACUCGAAUAGAGAAUCAAGUAGUUCUCAUUGUUUGAAUAUAUCAAACAAAGAUGAGGUUCUGGAUUUCACGAUAACUUCCGAAGGUACCAAUGAGUCUGAAAAUACUGUAAAUACAGAGCAAGAAGACUCUUAUGAUUCUGUUAAAGCUCCUGUACAGACUGAUAUCUUAGAAAAAACUAGUCCUGUGUUUGGAACUUCUGUAUUAAGCAAACACAAUUCUAUAAAUGUCAUAAAUGACAAUAACAGUCACCUAAGCAUCAACGAAGAAUCUAACUCAAGUACUUGUGGAAUUAAUGACGAGGAGUCCAAGUAUGAAGAUUCGGAAAAUGAAGAACAUGCAUAA